UCAAAUAAGAGAAUUAAAAAGUUGACCAAUCCGGUAGUGUUUUGAAAAAGAAGCUUGUAUUUUGUAUACAGCAUUUGUUUGUCGUCUCCGGUAUCACGCUUUUUCAAGCGAAAUUUUUUAUAUUUUUCUCUAUUUUUUACGGAAAAAACUAAAAACUUGUCACAAUGGCUGCGACUAUGCCAAUAAAUCCAAAACCAUUUCUCAAUGGUUUGACUGGAAAGCCAGUGAUGGUAAAACUAAAAUGGGGACAUGAAUACAAAGGAUAUCUUGUUUCUGUCGAUGGUUAUAUGAACCUUCAGCUCGCUAAUACAGAGGAACAUAUUGAUGGAAAUUGCACAGGAAAUUUGGGAGAAGUUUUAAUUCGAUGUAAUAAUGUAAUGUACAUUCGUGGUGUUGAAGAAGAGGACGAGGAAGGGGAGAUGAAAGAUUAGCAGUAAAUUUCUAGUAUUCGAAAAUAAUUCCACUCUAUUAUUUUUGUUAAGUAAUUUAAGUUAUUUUACUUAUAAUAAACAUAAGUUUUUAAGCAAA